AAGGGGGAUUUCGAAGCGGGGAGAGAGAGGCGAGGUCGCCGGCGACCGGAGGCGGGGAUGAGCCGGAAGGAGGCGGCGGUGGAGGAGGGAGGAGGGGAGGGAUCGUCGGCGCGGGCGGAGGGGGGCGGGGAGCUGGCGGAGGCGCUGGCGCGGCGGCGGGUGUACCGGGAGGUGACGCUGGCGCUGCGGGCCGGGCUGCGCGACGCCGGGGCCGACUUCUCCUUCCUCCGCGCGCGGGGGCUCCGCGGCCUGCUCGGAUUCCUCCGCUCCACCGCCGCCGCGCCCGACGACUCGCAGCUGCUCCUCUUCCGCCACUCCCAGUCCAUCCCCGAUCUCCAAGUUAUUCCAGUUCUCUUUCAGAAUUCAUUGCAUCAACCAAAGGAUCCUGUUGUGACAUUGGAUCAUAUAUUUGGAGUCGAACCAACGAAGAUUACGAGCCCCUCAACAGAUUCCGAAAUUGCUCUAGCUCUUCGAGUUUUGGAAGGUUGUUGCCUUUUGUACAGCAGAUGCACUGCUCUGGCCCACAAGUACAAGGCUGUGCAGGUACUGCUGAAUAUAUUAGCCAGCCGAGGUCCAACUGAGCAAGGGGUGUGCUUAGAUGCUCUGAUAUCGUUGAUGUUGGAUUCACCUUCGAAUCAGAUUGACUUUGAGGAAUACAGUGGACUUGAAAAGGUUGCUGAGCUUUUGAAGGAUGUUCAAGUGGAAGAACACAUAAGAUUGAAAUGCGGGGAAUUCCUACUGUUGCUCAUCGGGCAUGUUUAUGUGAAGGAAAACACUCCCAUACAUGAGCAGAUGAGAAACCUACUCGGGGAGCAGUGCGCGUCGCUCAUAUGGGCAGCGAGCCGGUUUGGAUCCACCCUCGACGCGGAGCAGAGGCAGAUGGCCCUGCAAAUACAAGCGAGGAGAGUGGUUGAAUCCCUGGAGCCCUACUAGGACAACCACACCAGUGUGUUCCUGGCGAUUAAUGACAUGUUGCCGGUCUCAGUUGCUGCAUGAUUCAUUCUUUCGCGGAGAAAAAGGGUGUAUGUAGCCUUGCAUCCUCCAUUUUGCCGCUCAUCGCAAAGCCUUUUGUCUUUUCUCUUUCUGUGCAAAGUGAUUCUUAAGUUUGCUGUUUGUGUAAGUUUUGCCCGAAAAUAAAUUGUUUCAUCUUUGUUUGUGAAGAUGGUCUUGUUUAGUUUUGUCUGAAGAACAUGUACUAUAUAGAGGAAAAUUGUUUGGGUUAAAA